AUGGCUCCUGAAAAUCUCACUGGGGUGAUGGAGUUCAUUCUCACGGGAGUCUCAGACCGUCCAGAGCUCCAGGUCCCCCUUUUCUUUGUCUUCCUGGUGAUCUAUGGGAUGACCGUGGUAGGGAACCUGGGCAUCAUCACCCUCACCAGUGUGGACUCUCGACUUCAAACCCGCAUGUAUUUUUUCCUCCGACAUUUGGCUAUCAUUAAUUUCGGCAAUUCUACCGUCAUUGCCCCUAAAAUGCUAAUAAAUUUCUUAGUAAAGAAGAAAAAUACCUUUUAUUAUGAAUGUGCCACCCAAAUGGGUGGGUUCUUGUUUUUCAUUGUAGCUGAGGUUUUCAUGCUAGCUGUGAUGGCCUAUGACCGCUACGUCGCCAUUUGUAACCCACUGCUCUAUAUGGUGGUGGUAUCUCGACAGGUCUGCCUUUUGCUGGUAUCCAUUGCAUACAGCUAUGGCUUUUCCACAGCUAUUGUGAUUGCUUCUUCUGUAUUCUCUAUGUCUUAUUGUUCUUCCAAUAUCAUCAACCAUUUCUACUGCGACACUGUUCCACUGUUAGCAUUGUCCUGCUCUGAUACUUACUUUCCAGACACAGUAGCCUUUAUUUCUGCAGCUACAAAUUUGAUUUUCUCUGUAACUACAGUUACAGUAUCCUAUUUCAACAUUAUCUUGUCAAUUCUCAGGAUACAUUCAUCAGAAGGAAGGAAAAAAGCCUUCUGCACCUGUGCAUCACAUGUGAUGGCGGUCACAAUGUUCUAUGGAACACUGCUAUUCAUGUAUCUGCAGCCUAAAACUCACCAUUCAUUAGAUUCUGAUAAAAUGGCUUCAUUGUUCUAUACCCUGGUGAUCCCUAUGCUGAAUCCUAUGAUCUACAGCUUGAGGAAUAAGGAUGUGAUAGCUGCCUUCAAGAGAUUCCUGUCAAACCCAUGUUAUUCCUUUAAACCAAUGUAAUUUUAGUCUCUCUUAGUAAAUGAUAAGAUGGUUAGUGUAGGCUGUAUGUUAUUAGUGUAAUGGGAGUUUUCAUAUAAGUUGAAUCAUAUAGCAGGUACUAGUUUGUGUCUGGUUUCUUUCAGUCAUAAUUUUGCAUGUGUGUGUGUAUGUGCAUUUCAUUAAUGCUGUAACAUGUAUCAGAAUUUUGCUCCUUUUUAAUUGUAAUGGGUAUACUACAGGUCAUCUAUUUACUUACUAUUUGGUCAGCAGUUGGAUCACUUCCAAUUUUUAGCAGUUACAAAUAUUGCUGCUCUGAACCUUUGAGUAGCACUCUCAUGUGAUUAUAUAAUUUUUCAUUUCUCUUGGAUAGAUACCCAGAAGCUGAAUUGCUGGGACAAUUGGUAAGUCUAUACUAAUCCUUUUAUGAAUAUGCCUGAAAAUUUUCCAAAAUUUUUUCCCAGCUUAUAUGAGAGUUCCAGUGUCUUCACAUACUUGCCAUUCAGGCGCUGUCAUUUGUUUUCAUAAGAUCCAUUUGAGUGUGUGUGAACUAAUACCUGUUCUGGUUUGAAUUUGUAUUUUCUCAGUGGCUAAUGAUUUUGUUCAUCAUUUUAGGUGUUUUGUUAGUUAUUUGCAUAUCUCCUUUGGUAAAAUAUCUACUCAAAUAUUUUACUCUUUUUUAAAUUGGGCUACUUGCCUUCUUGUUACCAAGUUAUAAAUCUUCUUUAUAUAUUCUGGAUACCAU